UAAAUUACCAACAACUCAAAAUCUAAUAUUGGUUAAUUAUAUGAGUUCACUCUUAUCAUAUAACUGCGAAAUAUUAUAUAAAUAUUAUCAAAACAAGAUGUUAUUAAGAGUACUAUUUUUAAACUGUAGAUCAAGAGUUCGAAUCAUAAUUCCUACAUACCCAGUGUUUUUGUUUGAACAAUAUCCUUGGCUCCAUUAACUAAAUCUAAAAUCGGCCACUAUUAUAAAUAAGUUACUCCCUCCGUUCCUUUUUGAUCUUCCACAUUACUAUAACGGGUAGUUUCAAAAGUUCUUCCACUUUAGAAUACUUUCUAUUUUUAGAAAGUUUUUAUCCCACUUUUACCCCUUAAAACCCCACUUUUACCCCUUUUCUUUUAUUUAUAAUUAUUUUCUCUCUCAUACUUUCAAUACAAUUAUUACUUCACACUACUAUUUAAUUAAAAUAAUACCCACUACAACCUCAUACUUCCAAUACAAUCAUUACUUUCCACUAUUAUAUAAUUAAAAUAAUACCCACAACCACCAAAGAUUCUCUUUUUCUUAAUCUUUGUGAAAUACCCAAAUAGGAAGAUCAAAUAGGAACGGAGGGAGUACCUCUUAUUGUCCUUAUUUCGGUGUUCAAGGCUCAUUUUUUUAAUUUUAUGAAUCACUCAAAGUAUAAAAAUAAGUAGCAUACUUUAGUGAGUACUCCGCUCCACUCAACCAAAUUACAAAAACCAUGGAAACAAAUUGUAAAGUAUGCAUAAUUGGAGCAGGCAUAAGUGGUCUAUCAGCAUGCAAAUAUGCCCUCUCUAAGGGUUACAAUCCCAUAGUUUUUGAGUCCAAAAGCACCAUUGGUGGUGCUUGGACAAAUACUCUUGAGAUUACAAAACUCCAAACUCCUAAACAACUCUACCAAUUCUCUGAUUUCCCAUGGCCUUCUUCUAUUUCAACACUAUACCCUGAUAAAGACCAAGUUAAAGAGUACCUUAAUUCUUAUGCUAAACAAUUUGAUUUACUUAAGUACAUUAAAUUUAAUACCCAAGUGUUGAGUAUUAAGUAUGAAGGUCCUUCCCAUGAAGAGAUCCAAUCUUGGGCUCUUUGGAAUGGGAAUGGUGACCCUUUUGGUAAUAAGGGUAAGUGGAUUCUCACCACUCAAGAACUGCCCAAUCAAUCAAUCAAGAUGAUGGAAGCAGAAUUUGUGAUCUUGUGUAUUGGAAGAUUUAGUGGGCUGCCGAACAUACCAAAGUUUCCUUCAAGCAAAGGACCAGAGGUUUUUGAAGGGAAGGUUAUGCAUUCUAUGGAUUAUUCUGCUUUGGACUACGACUCUGCUAGAAAUUUGGUUAAAGGGAAGAGUGUUACUGUAGUUGGCUUCCAAAAAUCUGCACUUGAUACUGCUAUGGAGUGUUCAAAUGCUAAUGGAAAAGAACUUCCAUGCACAAUGAUAUGUAGGAAUCCACAUUGGAAUGUGCCUGAAAAUUUUCCAUGGGGAAUUAACAUCUCAAACUUGUAUUUGAACCGCUUUUCUGAACUCUUGCUUCACAAGCCUGGAGAAGGUCUUCUUCUUAGUCUUCUAGCCUCAUUUCUUUCACCUUUGAGAUGGGGAAUCAGCAAAGUAGUGGAAGCAAGUAUUAAGAAAAAAUAUCCUAUCAAAAAAUAUGGGAUGGUUCCUGAUCAUAGCUUCCUACAAGAAAUGAACACUUGUACAUUUGCAACAAUCCCAGAAGGUUUUUAUGAAAAUGUUGAGAAAGGAAACAUCAUUUUGAAAAGGGCCCCAUCCUUCAGCUUCUUCAAUGGUGGUGUUGUACUUGAAGAUAGCAGUAUUGGUUAUAAGGAAUAUAUAAAGACUGACUUGGUUAUUCUUGCUACUGGUUUCAAAGGAGAACAAAAGCUCAAACACAUUUUUGAAUCUCAAUUUUUUCAGGAUUGUUUAUUUGGCCCCUUACACAAUACUAUUCAUUUAUACAGAGAAUGUAUUCAUCCAAAAAUUCCACAAUUAGCAAUAAUUGGACAUUCAGAGAGCGGUUCGAACUUAUACACGUCAGAAAUGAGAUGUCGUUGGUUAUUUGAACUACUCGAUGGAAAAUUCAAAUUACCAAGCGUAGAAGCAAUGGAAAACGAUAUCUUAGAAUGGUGCAAAUUCAUGAAAAUGUAUUCAGGUAAUAACUACAAAAGAGCUUGUAUUGGAGCAUUGCAUAUUUGGUAUAAUGAUCAACUUUGCAAAGACAUGGGCAUAAAUCAUAGGAGAAAGAAUGGUUUCUGGGCUGAGUUGUUCCAGCCAUAUGGCCCACUGGACUAUGCUUAAGGUUAAUAAAUUUUAGGAAGAUUUAUUUGACAAAUUCUUCCUCUUCUUUUUAUUAUUAUUUUAUUGCACUUAUUAAUGUACUUUUAGACUCUUUUUGGUGUGCUUAUUCCGUUACAUUUAUAAUAAAAAUAAUCUUUAUUCUAAGAUUACUUUAAUUGCUCAGAUGAUUAUUCCA